AUGUCGGCUCCGCUGAAGAAGGGCCCCGGGGGGCUGAUCGGGCUGAUGAAGGACGCCUUCCAGCCCCACCACCACCACCUCGGCCCCCACCAGCCCGGCGCCGUGGAUAAGAAGAUGGUGGAGAAGUGCUGGAAGCUGAUGGACAAGGUGGUGCGUUUGUGCCAGAACCCGAAGCUGGCGCUGAAGAACAGCCCGCCCUACAUCCUCGACCUGCUGCCUGACACCUACCAGCACCUCCGCACCAUCCUGUCGCGCUACGAGGGGAAGAUGGAGACCCUGGGAGAAAACGAGUAUUUUCGGGUCUUCAUGGAGAACCUGAUGAAGAAAACCAAGCAGACCAUCAGCCUCUUCAAGGAAGGGAAGGAGCGGAUGUACGAGGAGAACUCUCAGCCUAGGCGUAACCUGACCAAGUUGUCCCUGAUAUUCAGCCACAUGCUGGCAGAGCUCAAAGGGAUUUUCCCCAGCGGCCUCUUCCAAGGGGACACGUUCCGGAUCACCAAGGCAGACGCUGCCGAGUUUUGGAGGAAAGCUUUUGGGGAGAAGACUAUCGUUCCCUGGAAGAGUUUCCGUCAAGCCCUGCACGAGGUGCACCCGAUCAGCUCGGGGCUGGAAGCCAUGGCCCUGAAGUCCACGAUUGACUUGACGUGCAAUGACUACAUCUCAGUGUUCGAGUUCGAUAUCUUCACGCGGCUGUUUCAGCCAUGGUCCUCUUUGCUCAGGAACUGGAAUAGCCUCGCGGUGACUCACCCUGGUUAUAUGGCAUUCCUAACCUAUGAUGAGGUGAAAGCCCGGCUUCAGAAAUUCAUUCACAAACCUGGCAGUUACAUUUUCCGGCUGAGCUGCACACGACUUGGUCAGUGGGCCAUUGGCUACGUCACUGCAGAUGGGAACAUCCUUCAGACAAUCCCCCACAACAAACCCCUUUUUCAAGCACUGAUCGAUGGCUUCAGGGAAGGCUUUUAUUUAUUUCCCGAUGGCCGGAAUCAGAAUCCUGACUUGACUGGCUUGUGUGAGCCCACACCUCAGGACCACAUUAAAGUUACACAGGAACAAUAUGAAUUGUACUGCGAGAUGGGCUCCACGUUCCAGCUGUGCAAAAUCUGUGCUGAAAACGACAAGGACGUGAAGAUCGAACCGUGCGGCCACCUGAUGUGCACGUCCUGUCUGACUGCGUGGCAGGAAUCAGAAGGCCAGGGCUGCCCUUUUUGCCGCUGUGAAAUCAAAGGCACGGAACCGAUUGUAGUAGACCCGUUUGACCCCAGAGGAGGAGGAGGAUUGUCACGGCAAGGGGCAGAAGGAACUCCCUCACCCAACUAUGAUGAUGACGACGACGACAGAGCCGAUGAUUCCCUCUUCAUGAUGAAAGAACUCGCUGGUACCAAAGUUGAGCGUCCUCCCUCUCCCUUCUCGGUAGCCCCGCAGGCCACCCUCCCUCCCGUGCCACCUCGACUGGAUCUUCUGCAGCAGCGAGUGUCCAACCCUCCUGGGGCUUCCAGCCCUGGGACCUCCUCAAAGGCUGCUCCUGGCACCCUCCACAAGGACAAGCCUCUGCCCAUCCCACCCACGCUCCGCGACCUGCCGCCGCCACCGCCUCCGGACAGACCCCACUCCAUCGGGACCGAAACUCGACCUCAGAGACGGCCCCUGCCCUGCACACCAGGGGACUGUCCUUCCAGGGACAAGCCACCCCCCGUGCCCUCCACCCGUCAAGGGGAUCCGUGGCCCUCCCGGCCGAUCCCGAAAGCCCCCUCUGCAGCUCUCAGCCCCGGGGACCACUGGACUGGGAGGGAACUGUCCAACAGGCACUCGCUUCCCUUCUCCUUGCCCUCUCAGAUGGAUUCCAGGGCUGAGAGCCAUCGGCUUGGGAGCACGCUCAGCCUGGACAACCAAGUGAGCUUGAACAGUGGUCCACCAGCAACCUCAGAGUGUGAGCACCCCAAAAUUAAACCCUCCUCCUCUGCCAACGCUAUCUACUCCUUAGCUGCCAGACCACUGCCUGUACCAAAACUGCCUCCUGGGGAACAGUCUGAAAGCGAUGAGGACACUGAAUACAUGUCCCCCUCCUCGCUGCCAGUGGUGCCUCCAGGUCCUGCUGUACAAAAACCAGAGAUGAAGAUGCCUUUGGAAAUGACUCAGAGUUUGCGAGCCCUGGAGUGCGACCAGCAGGCGGAUGGCUGCAUGUACGAAGCGAUGUACAACAUUCACUCCCAAGCAGUGCCCUCUGCUUUCGAGACCGUCAACACUUCUGAUGAAGGGGAUCUGGCUGCAGCCACUGCCAGCAAUGGCCCCGAAGAAUCAGAAAAUGAAGAAGAUGGCUACGAUAUCCCCAAACCACCACUACCAGUUGCUAUUGCUCGUCGCACACUGUCUGAUAUCUCCAAUGCCACGCCUGCCUUCAGCCGAAUGUCUUUGGAGAACGACCCUGUAACAGGUUUCUCGGAUGGCUCUCAAGUUCCCGAAAGGCCGCCCAAGCCGCUGCCACGGAGAAUAAAUUCAGAGCGAAAAGCCGGGAGCUGCCAGCCGGGCGGAGCCAGCAGCGGGAGCAGCGCGUCGCUGCAGCUCUCCAGCGAGAUCGAGAACCUCAUGAACCAGGGCUACUCAUAUCAGGACAUCCAGAAAGCGCUGCUCAUUGCACAUAACAAUAUCGAAAUGGCCAAGAAUAUUCUCCGGGAGUUUGUUUCCAUCUCCUCCCCUGCUCACGUGGCCACAUAGCACAUCACCUCCGACGCCUGCAACUUCUGCGGACCGGCUGCCCGGGCGGCUGCGCACCCGAGGGGAAGGGGGUUCCUUUAGAGACUGCGUGCGGAGCUCAGCCCUGCCUCUUCCCGAAUCAGUUAUCAGGUUUUUGUGGUUCCAGAUUUCAAAGCAGUGGGAGGAAAUGGAAGCGGAGCGGUGUUUUUAUACAGUGUGUGUCUUGGAGUCCUUUUCCCCCCUGCCUCUUGGCUGAGAGAACGGAUUUGGGGUGCUGGUAGAGAGAGGCGGUGCCACGAGGGACCCCAGAACCGAUGCCCUGGAGGCCGGGGGGAGUGUUUUGUGCUGUGAAUUCCAAGUGAAUGCUCUGAGAAACCGGGUCAGUGUGGUGUGUCCUGUGGUUCAUGGUACUAGGUUUGGACCCGCUCGCUGCUCAGGCUUUUUGGAGCGGCCGAGCGGUCGCGGUCUGCUGGGAAUAAGCAGGAGACCUUGGGAGAAAUCUUCUGAUUGCUUCCCGUUAGCUGUGGCGUCCCCCUCCUCCCUGUAAUGACAGCAUUUAUUGCUCACCAUUUAGGUCAUCCCUUUGCUCCUGGAGCCGGCGUGCCUGGCUUCUGCGGGGCGCUUUGCUCGUGGCAGCGCCGGGCGUUGGAUUUCUCUCGGCCGUGGCCUCUCCCCAGCAGCCUCGGAUUCCAGGGCGCUAGAAGAGCUGCAAGCCCCGCGUGUCUUUGAGGGGUGGGAGAGGGAGGGAAGAAUCCGAGGGAGAGCGAAGAGCUGGCUGCUGCUUCUCCUUUUCUUAUUUUUUUUUUUUUAGCCUCGAGCGUUUGGUGCUGGGGCUCGGUGGCAGCCCUGCCGGCCGCUCCCGUGCGCUCCUGCUCCCGGAAUGCUGCACCUGCUGAACGCGAACGCGCUGCUUGCUGUGCCUGAACUGCAUGGUGGCUGUCACAGCCUCGUGGUCCCCUCACGCUGCGGGGCUCCUCUUUCCAUUCCCGUUUCUCCGAGGAGUCCCCAGAGCUCGUGUCCGAGCGGAGCUGGGGCGCUUUGUGCUCGGAGAGGCAGGGCUCAGCUGCUCCUCGCACAAAACCUGAGCAGCUCCCGAGCUCCCCUCCUAAUAGGCUUGACGGGAGAGCAGCGUGGUGCCUUUGGGGGAGCCUUGCAGUCGGGCAGGGACACACAGCUCCCAGCCUGACAGACGGACAGCCAGCCCUCUGGGUACACGGCGAGGCUGCCAGCCUUUCAGAGCACGUCCUGCAUUAUUUGCAUCCCUCCAAGGGCAGCAGCAGCAGUCCCUGGGUGAAGCUUUGCAGCUUGAAACGCUGCCGGCGUGCUCGGGGCAGCUGGAUGCAGUUCAGCCCUUUAAAAAAAAAAACCAGGAGCUGGGCCCAGAUUUCGGGGAAGCCGCUCGCGGCUGGCGAGGAAGCGUUGGCGAGGAAAUGAAACCUGCAAUGUUUGUGGGGUGUGCAGUGGGGGGGCUUUAUAAAUGGAUGCAGGGGGGGUCCAGGCAGUUUAAAAGCAGGAGCUGGCCCCUCGCUCCCCUCCUGUCCGUAACAAAACGCUCUCUGACGCUGUAAGGGGAUCCCUGAAGUGCAGCUCUCGCUGUUGCUAUUUUAGGGCCGGGGCCGAAACGUGCGAGCUGGGGAGAUUUCUGCCCAUCCAUCGAGGCAGGUUUUGGGACGGAGCCCUGCCGGCCCUUCCCCUCUCUUCCGUGCUCUCCCCGGCGCUGCCACCAGCCCCGUGUUGCUUUUGGAGCCGCUUCAGCGCCGCCUUUGCUGCGUAAACUCAGCCUGAGUGAGUUCAAGGGUGGCGUGAGACCGGGGCUGCUGCUGCCAAGGCUGUGGGAAAGCCAAAUCCGGCAGCAAAAACCUCACCUCGUGUCCUGCACAGCCCCGGAGCCCGCAGCAGCGAUGCCCUGUCCCCUCUCUGCGCCAUCCCCGUGGGUCUCAGCGAUGAGGGAGCGGGAUUUUCGUGGCAUGUAUCACUCACUAACUUCCCUGCAUGUGUCCUUUCCGUGCGCUGUUUCUCAGACUAAUUUAAGCAGCUGAAGCCUUGGCUUUGCCUCCUCGACCUGGGAGCGUUUUGCUUGCCCCGCUGGCGUGCAGCGGGCUCUGCCCAGGCCCUGUACAGCGUAUUUUCCUUCCUGUUUUUCUUCCCGAAAGGUGAGCCCGAUGCGAUUUUCUCUUUUCUUUCCCCCCCCCUUCGCCUCCUCGCUCUUUAUUCUGAAGGAGGUAGCUUGAUAACGCGACUUCAGGAGAGCAGAAGCCAAACGUCUCGUGCCUUUCCGAGGGGAGCGCUGCCUCGCCGGGCUGCCCUGCUCCAAAAAGAGGAGCCCGAGCAGCCAGCUCCGAAAGGUGAAGGGGCCGGAGAGCCGGGCUGCUCUCACUCCUGCUGUGUCCCUGGUUGUUUUUUUUUGCAGCAUUUCAGCUGCCGAUGUUUCCUUCUCAGCCUGGUGCCGGGGCUGGUGCCAAGGACGGGAGAGCUGCGGGACAGGAUUGCUUUUCCUUGGAACAAAACGAGCUCUGCUCUUUACCAAAACCGCCCUUUUUCUCCCCACCUGCCAUGCCAGGGCGUGAAGCAAGCAGCAAACCCUUCCUCGGGGAGGAGCUGGGGCACCCGGCAUCCACCUCGCUUUUGGGGUUUUGGUGUUUUAGGGUGCCCGGAGCCACCCCGGCCGAGACAUAUCCCGAGGGGCAGGCUGGCUGCGGAUUUGCUUCCCUGCACGCCCCUCGCUGCGCCCUGCCUUGGGGACACGUCGCCUCCUGCACUAGGCUGAUCUCCUCACUGUAGCUAACCCUUGAGGCAGGGCCAUCACUGUAAAUUUAUUUUUUUUUUUAAUUAUUAUUAUUAUUAUUUUAUUAUUUUAUUAUUUUUUUUUUCAGUCGAGCAAGAAAAAAUGCAACUCCCAGGGCGCUUUUCCCGAAGGUGCCGCGUUUAAAAAAAGUGAGUUGGGGAAUAAAUAAAGGACACGUGGGGUUUUGUUUUUUUUUAAAGCUCCUGCUGGAAAUCUUUUUUGGGAAUUUCUGGCGGGGGAGGAGCGGUCGUUCUUUCUCUCGAAUGACAAACACCAAUUUGUAUGAUGUCAGUGUUAAAAAUGUGGAGAUUUUCACGAACUAUUUUAAAAAAAAAAAAAGUAUAAUAGUGUCAUUAAUAUAAAAUAUAAUAGCAGUAUUUAAUCCUUUCAGAUCUGUAAAGAAUAAGGCAAAACAGAAGGUAAAUAUUCUUACAGAGAGUAGCUGAGCUUUAAGGUUCACUUGGUUUAAAGUCCUCGGUUUGUUUGCAAGUGCAUUGUUAAUGUUUAGAGGUUAUACUAAUGUUAUUUAUUAAUUGUUUCCAUCCUUGUAUGCUGCCCACUAAGAGCUUCUUUGGGAUUUUCCUUCACCUGUGUCAGUAAAAAGAAAACGAAACAAAGUUUUAUUUUUCAAUAAAAUUCCCUUUGUCGUAGCAGA